AUGGAGGGCAGACACAGCACCUUACACCUCUACACGCCCAUCAGGGAGAGGAGCAGUGUGUCUCUCUCACUGAGCAGAAGUCCCGCCUCCCCCUUCAAAGCCCCACUCCAGAUGUCCAGCCUGGGAUGGACCUGUGGCUGUGGAGAGGACGGGCUAACAUACAACAAGUUUUCAGAGACCGACUGUCUUUCUGAACUGAUACCGAACAUGGGCAACAAACAGGAGACCAAGAUCAAGAAUGAGAAUUUAACAGAAGAUGAGUUAUUCAAAUCACAAACAUUUAAGAAAAGACGCGAGGCCCUCCGGAGGCAAGAGGAGGUAUGGCAGCAGGAGGAGGAGGAGGAGGAGGACUGCCUGUGCCUGUCUCAUCCCGGCAGACCCCAGCAUGUGGACUUUUUACACCUCACUGCACUUGAAGAGGAAGAAGACAUCAGCCCCAGGCCCUCUCCACCACCAUCCACCCCCCCUCUCUCACUGUCCCGCGGGCCAGGGUCAUCACGUAUGUCAAAUGAACCGCCUCCGGGAUCAACUUUAACCAGAGCUACUUUUUCUCCAUCAUCUCCCACUGAUAAGCAACCCCAACUUCCUGCCCUGUUCAGUGGCCUAAGGGUUCUGCGGAAAGGGGUAGUCGGACCCGAUCACGACACGAUAUCCCAAUUCAAACCCGUAUCGCAAAAUAGCAAAACACAAGGCACAUUCCUGGACCAAAUAUCUCAGUUUUUAAACCGGGAAAAGCAGGAAGAAGGAGGAGAGGAGGCAAAACAAAAUGAGUUUAACGAUAUCAUGGAGACGAGGUCCAGUGCUGACGCGGUAUUUGAUGCCUUCAAGGCGUUUUUCACCCCCAGACCUCUGAAGAAAGACCCCUCAGGGAAAGUGGACCUAGACGCAGUGAGGAGGAGGAUCAGGAACGAGAGAGAGCAACUGAAAGCUUUAUUUGAGAAGACAGAGGAGGAGGAUGGCAAAUCGGAAAGACCCACCGAUGCUGAGGACAGGACCCCGGGUCGUCUCCAAGCGGUCUGGCCUCCGCUACAGGAAGAGGAAAAAGUGGGACUGAAGUACACAGAAGCAGAGCACCAAGCAGCACUUUUGCAGCUGAAGAGGGAAUGCAAAGAUGAUUUGGAGCAAUUACAGGAGGACUAUGCUGAGGAGCUGAGCAGGCUGAAGGAGGAGAGCGAUGACAGCGUGGCCCGACUUGAGUUCACCAUAAUCGAGCUGCAGUCCCGUCUCUCCCAGUCCGAAUCCCGCCGCCAUGGUGAAGUUCGGGAUGCUUCAGUUUCCACGGGAGACGACGCUCCAUGCAAAACAUUUCGUAACAUUUGCAUUCAGACAGACAGCGAGAUGUUUGUGAAGAUAAGCAACAAUGAAGAUGGAAUCAUUAAUCUGCAGAAAGUUGAACCUCAAAUGCCGGACGUUGAUUUGAUUAGCUCAAAAAACAUACCCCCGCCUCCUCAUGUCCCCCCUCCACCUCCCCCUUUGCCCCAGUCAGGGAUAGGUCUUCUCCCCCCUCCUCCACCUUUGCCCUUUGGAUAUGGGCUCACCUCAAGGGACAAAACUCCCAGAAAAUCUACAGUAGAACCAUCCCAGCCCAUGAAACCACUGUACUGGACAAGGAUUCAAAUACAAGAGAACGAUAAGGAGACCGUAUGGAGCACUUUGGAGGAACCCAACAUUAACACAUGUGAUUUUGAAGAUCUGUUUGCCAAAAUCACCACACAGAUGAAGAGGAAGCCACUGUCAGAGGCCUAUGGGAAGAAAACUAAGCCUAGAAAGAUUGUGAAGCUGUUGGACGGGAAGCGCUCUCAGGCCGUGGGCAUCCUUAUCUCCAGUCUGCAUCUGGACAUGAAGGACAUACAGCACGCUGUUCUGAUGGUGGAUCAUUCUGUUGUGGACUUGGACACUAUUGAAGCUCUCUAUGAAAAUAGAGCGCAACCAGAUGAACUUGGAAGAAUAAAGCAACAUUACGAGACUUCUAACGAGGAGGACAUUAAACUACUGGACAAGCCUGAACAGUUUCUUUAUGAGCUCUCCCAGAUCCCAGAUUUUGCCGGUAGAGCCCAAUGCAUAAUCUUCCAGUCUGCAUUUCUUGACGGCAUAGCUUCCAUCCAACGCAAGCUACGUGCUGUUUCAUCUGUCUGUGAGGUGUUGUUGGAGCGGCAGAGUGUGAAGCAGAUCAUGGGCCUUGUGUUGGCUCUGGGGAACCACAUGAACGGGGGCAGCAGAACCAGAGGACAGGCCGAUGGGUUUGGACUGGAAAUCCUUCCCAAACUCAAAGACGUCAAAAGCAGAGACAAUCGCAUCAGUUUAGGGGAUUAUGUAGUGUCUUACUACCUGCACAAUGUGGACAAGAACGCUGGAACAGACAAGAGCAUGUUCCCUCUGCCAGAACCUCAGGACGUGUUCUUGGCAGCUCAGGUGAAGUUUGAGGAGCUCCACAAAGACCUGAGAAUGCUGGCCCAAGACCUUACAAAGUGUGAGAAAAACAUCCAAAGUGUUUGCAGUAAUUCCCCAGAAGAGCAUCAGCAGCCGUUUAAAGACAAGAUGGAGGCAUUUGUUCUCAGUGCAAGGAAAGAACAAGGUGAAGCUUCCUAUCAGCUCAUGACAAUUGAGAAAAGUUUCCAGGAUUUGGUGGUCUACUUUGGUGUGCAGCCCAAAGCAGGAGACAAGGAGGUGACCACCAGCUACUUCUUCAUGCUCUGGUUUGAGUUUUGUGCUGAUUUCAAAGUCCGUUGGAAGAGGGAGAGCAAAAACAUCUCAAAACAGAGGUUGAAGGAGGCCCAGCUCUCAGUGAAGAGGAUCACAGGAGAGAAGAAAGUGGAGACCAGAAAUAUCAACCCAAACAGCCUGAAAGAGCGGCUGCGCCAAAAGGAGGCCAACCUGUCUUCUAUUUAAAAACCUCAGGAAGAAAAAACAACUAUGCCAC